AUGUCUUACUACGGAAACUACUAUGGUGGCCUCGGCUGUGGCUAUGGUGGCUGUGGCUAUGGUGACUGUGGCUAUGGCGGCUGGGGCUAUGGUGGCUAUGGAUGUGGCUACGGUGGCCUGGGCUGUGGCUAUGGUGGCUGGGGCUAUGGCGGCUAUGGAUGUGGCCACAAUGGUGUGGGCUAUGCCUGUGGUGGUUGUGGAUAUGGCGUCAACCGCCCAUCUUGCUGCAGAAGAUGCUGGUCCUGCGGACUCUACUGA